CACCACUAAAGAACAUAAAAGUAGUUUGUUUAUAUUUGAACAAAUGGGCGGCACAAAGUGUUGUUUUCGUGAUUGUCCGGUCAGUUCUAGCCGCAACCCCAAUAUGCACUUUUUCAAGUUCCCUGUCAAGGAUCCGAAAAGGUUAAAGGACUGGAUGAGGCACUGUUCAAACCCUGAUGUUUCGAAUGCACCGCCGACCAAACUGGCAGCCAAAACCGUUUGUGCCCGGCACUUUCGUGUGGAAUGCUUCAUGAACUACAAAAUGGACAGACUCAUUCCAAUGCAGACGCCCACUUUGUUCAGGAUCAACAGGGAUCUGGCACUGGACUUUGCAAAUCUCGACCAGAACGGGGAAGCUCUGCUCGUGAAGCUGACGCCUCCAAAGCAGUCCCACCUAAUACCGCCCAAGGAUUUCGAGUGUCCUCUGGGAUUCGUGGAUGGUGAGACACAGAAUGUAGAGGUUAUUAAGAUUCCCAAUAUAGUUGACUUGAGAGAGGAGGAACCGCAAAAAGAAAAUGAUGAAGUAGACGAAGUUUCCGGUAAUCUCCAAGUGCUGGAUACAGAAAAGGAGCAGACGGUUGUAAGCAAGGAUAAAUCAGCGGUGGCAAAUACGAGUUCUACAACAUCAACCAGCGGUUCGGUUAUGCCUCAAAACAUUAUAGAUAUAAUAAGUCAACUGCAGCCUUCAUUGGGCAUCAAAUUGAUUAAAAGGCCAGUCAAGAGUCAACCAACAAGCGAGAUUGCCUUGCCUCUGCUUGAAGAGCAGCUCCUACAAGAACAGACUGAUGAAUUAAGCAUGAUGCAAACAGUCAUUAAGGAAGCAGAAAUGCAUCGUAAACCGACAAGUUGUAUUAUUGACGUUAUUAAAAUGCCAAAGCUUGGGGAUAAAUGUCUAGUAAAGCAAAUCCGAAUUAAAAACGUGUACCGGCCAAAUAAGAGGACUGUGGUUAAAAAACGUGGGAUGCAGGAAGGAGAUGCCGAUAAACUGAAUGAAGAGCAGGCCACCGAGGAGCAGGCUAAGAAAAUGAAGCUACCCCAAGAAGCACAAAUGGCUGACACCCACGAUCUAACUGAGAACAGUUUCAUAUUAAACCGAAAUAGACAAAUGCAAGAGAAAUUCUGGGAUGAGCAGAAGCAGACUCCGAAAUCUGAGAAACCCACCCAAUCAACCAAUAUUAAUCCUAGUCCUAGCAAAGAAAAUGAUCAAAGUGAACCCAUUUCCGAAACCUUAUCUGAACCUUUUCUAAACCUUGAAGAGAACACAUCACUAAGUACUGACAGUGAGGACGAGUCUGCACCAGAUGAAAAACCAUCUUCCUCUGAAGAUGCCCUGCGCGAAAAGCUUCUUCAGGACUACGAUAAACUAAAGGCCGAGUUUGACAAGCUGUCGGAGGAGAAUGCCAAACUGAAACGACUGCAAGCGGAACCCCCAAAGGCUCCAGCUCCCAGCAAACCCGCUGCUAUCUCCAUGAGCAAACCCCAUCUUUACAUGGCUAUAAAGAAAUACGUGGGGCCCACGAUGGCCGCCUUGCUACGCAUGGAAAUGUUCGGCGGCUCUGAGGAUCGCACUUGGAAGGAUGAUGAGCAAGAUUUUGCCACAGAGCUACUCCAACUGGGCGAUGAGGUGUACAAGUACUGUUGCGACGAGUGGCGCUUCCGCUUGCCCUCGAUUCGGAUGGCACGCUCCUGGCUGGAGAAAAAGAAAACAGAAGAUUCGGAAGAGUUUCUUGACUUAUAGUCUAUUUUGCCAUUAUUGGCUUGGUCAUUAUUAAGGUAUUGUAUUCAUAAUUUAUUUGAUGAUUUAGUUUAAAGCAUUAUAUCA